CUAGAGAGCACUAUGGCAGAAGAAGCUCCAGCUGCAGCGGGACCGUCCAAGUCCGCGGGGAAAGCAAAGAAGAAGCCCGGGACCAGAUCGCCGAGGAGCGAUGGGCCGACUCUCCCUCAGCAGAUCACCGAGGUGAUUGCCGAGUCCCAGGAACGCAAAGGCAUCUCGGUGUCCGCGAUCAAGAAGGUUCUGGCAGCCAAAGGUUUGGACGUGGUGAAAACGAAUAAGCGCAUCAACGCCACCUUGGUCGGUCUGGUGGAUAAAGUGGUUCUGGUCCAAACCACCGGAGUAGGUGCGUCUGGCUCCUUCAAGUUGGCCAAGAGGAAUGCGUCUAAGCCUAAACCUAAGCCCAAACCAGAGAAGAAGAAACCAGCUGCCAAGAAGCAACCGGCUGUCGUCAAGAGGUUGAAGUCACCCUCAAAGAAGGGUGUGGCUAAGAGGUCACCAAAGAAAUCAAAGAAGCCCGCGGGUAAGAAAUCCAAGCCUGUAAGUAGUCCAAGAAAGACUGCAACGAAGGCCAAAAAGCCUCAGGCCAAGACCCCCAAGAAAGCAAAAAAACCUGCGUUAAAGAAGGCUGCCAAGAAACCAGCAAAGAAGCCAGCAGCUAAAAAGGCCAAGAAGUGAAACAAUUGACACUUUACGAUCUUAAA